ACACCUUUAAAGGCGCUGUGAUCAGUAAGGAACGCUACGUGAGACUCUCAGCUUCGGUAGUGCCCUUAACAUACUGGAACACUAGGUGAAAAUGUCAGUCCAAACUCUAGUGACUAAAAAGCGAAAGGAGUUUAUUGGACUCCCAGCACCCUUGGGAUAUGCUGCUGGUAUAGGACGUGGUGCUGUAGCGUUUACUACAAGAUCUGAUAUUGGUCCGGCCCGAGAAGCUAAUGAUGUUUCAGAUGAACGACAUGUCGCUCCAUCUAAACGUCGAAAGGAGCAAGAAGAGGAAGAGGAGGACCUAAACGAUUCAAAUUAUGAUGAGUUUACAGGCUAUGGUGGUAGUUUGUGUGCAAAAGAUCCUUAUGAGAAGGAUGAUCAAGAAGCAGAUGCUAUUUAUGCUUCUAUUGAUGAUAGGAUGGAUGAACGACGGCGGGAGUACAGAGAAAAACGUUUUCGUGAAGAGAUCGAAAAGUAUCGUCGUGAAAGACCAAAGAUUCAACAGCAGUUCAUGGAUUUGAAGCGUGAUUUAGCGAGUGUAUCUGAAAGUGAAUGGAAUGCUUUACCGGAAGUUGGCGAUUCACGAAAUAGGAAGCAAAGAAACCCUAGAUAUGAACGUUUUACUCCGAUCCCAGAUAGCAUAAUUGCAAAAGGCUUGUCUGAUGGUCAAACCAAUGUUUCUGUAGAUGUAAUUGAACAAAGUUUAGGAGGCUUAACUACACCGUUUACUUCACAAGCAGCUCAAAUGGAUAUUGAUAUGAAGAAAAUUGGUGAAGCGCGUACUUCUUUGAUGGAUAUUAAGCUGACACAGGUUUCUGAUAGUGUAUCAGGACAAACUGUUGUUGAUCCCAAAGGGUAUUUGACUGAUCUACAGUCUAUGAUUCCUCAACAUGGUGGUGAUAUAAACGACAUGAAAAAAGCUCGACUCUUAUUAAAAUCGGUACGCGAAACUAAUCCUAAACAUGCUCCUGCUUGGAUUGCAUCUGCUCGUUUAGAAGAAAUAGCUGGUAAACUCCAGGUUGCGCGCAACUUAAUUCUUAGUGGGUGUGAAGAAUGCCCUAAAUCAGAAGAUAUUUGGCUAGAAGCAGCACGGUUAGUACCACCCGAACAAGCAAAAUCUGUUGUAGCUCAAGCUAUACGUCAUUUACCUCAGUCGGUCCGCUUAUGGGUAAAAGCAGCCGACUUAGAAACAGAGCAUAAAGCUAAAAAAGUUGUAUUUAAAAAGGCAUUAGAACAAGUCCCAAACUCUGUAAGGUUGUGGAAAUUGGCAGUUGAAUUGGAGGAUGAAGAUGAUGCCCGACUAAUGUUAUCUUUAGCUGUUGAAUGUUGCCCAACGUCUGUUGAAUUAUGGCUUGCAUUAGCUCGUCUGGAAACUUAUGAACAAGCUAGAGUUGUUUUGAAUAAAGCUCGCGAAAGCAUUCCUACAGACAGACAAAUUUGGUUUGCAGCUACUCGUUUAGAGGAGGCUCAAGGAAACCAAAAUAUGGUACAGAAAAUUGUUGAUCGUGGUGUCGCAUCUUUACAAGCAAAUAUGGUUGAAAUUAAUCGUGACCAGUGGAUUAAAGAUGCAGAGGAAUGUGAAAAAGCUAAAAGUGUUCUUACCGCUCAAGCUAUAAUUAAAGCUAUUAUAGGAUAUGGUUUAGAGGAACAAGAUAAAAAGCAUACAUGGUUGUCAGAUGCAGAGAAUUGUGCUACUAGCGGCGCAAUAGAAUGUGCUCGUGCUAUUUAUGCUGUAGCAUUGGCUCAUUUUCCUACAAAGAAAAGUAUUUGGCUACGUGCUGCUUAUUUUGAACGAAAUCAUGGAACAAGAGAAACUUUAGAAGAACUUUUGCGUCAAGCUGUUAGUCAUUGUCCUCAAGCAGAAGUGCUUUGGCUUAUGGCAGCAAAGACACGCUGGCUUGCAGGUGAUGUCCCAGCAGCUCGUUCUAUUCUAGCUCGUGCAUUUGAAGCUAAUCCCAAUUCAGAGGAGAUAUGGUUAGCUGCUGUAAAACUUGAGUCAGAAAAUAAAGAAUAUGCACGUGCACGUCGUUUACUAGAUAAAGCUUGUGCUUCUGCUUCUACAGCCCGUGUAUGGAUGAAAGCGGCUAGAUUGGAAUGGUGUUUAGGUGAAUUAAAUAAAGCUUUAGAAAUGUUAGAAAAAGCUACAUCAACAUAUAAUCAGGCACCAAAGCUGUGGUUAAUGCUUAGUCAAGUUUAUGAACAGUUGUCAGAAGAAGGCUUAAAACCGAAUGAGGUUGAAUCAUUAAAAGAACGUGCUAGAAACACCUAUCGCGAAGGACUGAAUCAUAACCCACAUUAUACUGCCCUGUGGUUGCAGUUGGCCAGAUUUGAAGAACGACAAGGUAACUUAACUAAAGCACGUUCCAUUUUGGAGAAGGCCCGUUCACAAAAUCCUAAAACACCAGAACUGUGGUUGGAGGCUAUCAGAUUAGAAGUAAGAGCUAAUUUGAAACCUGUAGCUGAUUCACUUCUUUCAAAAGCACUUCAAGAAUGCCCAACAUCUGGUUGUUUAUGGGCUGAGGCAAUAUUUAUGACUCCUAGAGCUCAGCGUAAAAGCAAGUCAGUGGAUGCUUUAAAGAAGUGUGAACAUGAUCCACUGGUACUUCUAGCUGUAUCCAAAAUGUUUUGGUGUGAACGACUGGUCAUGAAAGCUCGUAAUUGGUUUACAAGAACAGUGAAACUAGAACCAGAUCUUGGCGACGCAUGGGCUUACUUUUACAAAUUUGAAUUACAACAUGGGACGGAAGAUCAACAGAAAGAAGUAUACCGACGUUGUGUUACUGCAGAACCUCAUCAUGGUGAAGUAUGGUGCCAAAUCAGUAAAGAUCCUAAGAACUGGCGAUUAAAAGCAAAAGAUUUAUUAAAAAUUGCAGCAGAAACAAUUGUUUUACCAAGUUGAAUUUGUGUGCUUCGAUUCUGUAUUUGUAUAAUUCUUGAAAACGGACAAAAUCUGCAGCGUAUGUUGUGUAUCGUAAAAGUCAGUAAUUACUAUCAGCCAACUUUCGGCAUUCAUUACACGUAAAUGACAACUCAUUUUUCGUUUUAGACAUCAUGUUUGGUUUAAUAAAAAGCUAAAG